AGCUCCAUAGAAGGUGAGGCCGUGUGCUGACGCGGGCCGGCCGUGCAUUAAAAGCCCCCACCCCCCCUGGCGAGAGGCAGCAUCUGCCGAGAGGCCACCCGGACACUCACACACACAGACAGCGAUCCCGGGACCCCGCCUGCACGCAUCGACCCCCUCUCUCCCUCCCUCUCCACACACGGGAUGUCCCAGCUCCGGAUCUCUCUGCUCGGACCCUCGCCCUGGGGCUUCAGGCUGGUGGGGGGCAAGGACUUCGAGCAGCCCCUCGCCAUCUCCCGGAUAACACCAGGGAGUAAAGCAGACUCCGCCAAGCUAUGUGUUGGGGAUAUAAUCUUGGACAUAGAUGGAGAAAACACUGAUGGAAUGACCCACUUGGACGCUCAGAACAAGAUCAAGGGAUGUGGAGAUGAACUGACUUUCCUAAUUGGCAGGUCUGAAUCGAAAGUUUGGUCUCCCAUGACGAAUGAGAAUGGAAAAGCGCACCCGUAUCGGAUGAACCUGGCAUCUGACCAUCAGGAGAUCACACAAAUAGGAAUUGCCCACAACCGGAGCGCUAAGCCAUUCGGCACCACGACCACGUCCAACGUGUCUCCCAAGGUCAUAACCUCGCAGUACAACAGCCCCUCUGGCCUCUACUCCGCGGCCAACGUGGACAAAAUCAACAGUGCCGUGGACUCCAGGAUGUCUCCCAGCAACCGCGAGGCGGGCAAGAUUUUGGAACCGAUGAAGUCUCCGGCCAGACCCGCAGUGGACACGGAGUCCGAAGUUUACAAAAUGCUGCAGGAUAACCAGGAAACUGAGGAGCCCCCUCGACAAUCAGCCUCGUUCCGGGUGCUGCAGGAGAUCUUGGAGAGUGAAGCUGAUGGAGAGACGAAGAAACCAUCGGGAUUCCGGAAGGUGAAUUCUCCUGCCACCAGGGUGGGAUCCUCGAUCGGGAGUGGACAGAAGCUGCCUGUCUGUGAGAUAUGUGACACAGGGAUCGUGGGACUGAUGGUGAAAGUACGUGAGGGGUUCCGCCACCCCGAGUGUUAUGUCUGCACGGACUGUGGGACCAACCUGAAGCAGAAGGGACAUUUCUUCGUGGGCGAUGCCAUCUACUGCGAGCAGCAUGCCAAGGAGCGGGCCACUCCGCCCGAGGGCUACGAUAUCGUCACUGUCUUCCCAAAGUCGUAAACCCCUCUGGGAAGCAAUGUUCGCGUCCUGUGGAAUAACCGGCUGAGUUACUCCAGCAUUUUGUGUCCAUCUUCGGGUUUAAACCAGCAUCUGCAGUUCCUUCCGCCAUAAUAAUCAGCUAACUCUGCAUGCCUACCUAUGUACAUGAACUGCUUUUUACACACUCUUAAAAGAGAAUAUAGAUUUCUUUAACCACUUGGUACAACUUACUCUUGAAUGGAACGAGUCACAAUUAAACUACAAAUGUUUGCUUA